AUGAUAAACAGUGAAGCAGACAACUUUCUUCAAUCAACUUCAUUAUCGGAAGAAGGUGAUAUUGAUCGAGAUCGUAUCAUUGAUGGUCAUCUCGUACCCGAUGAAUAUUUCUGUCCUGUUUGUCAAUGUCUUUUAUGGAAACCAUGUUCAUGUGCUUCAUGUCGACAUCUCUUCUGUCAAAAAUGUCUUUAUACAUGGCUGGAAAAUUCAUAUAGUCGUGACAGAUGUCCAUUUCAAUGUGAACCAUUUGAAGAAGGACGUUGUCCACCAUAUAUUAAUUCGUUAUUAGAUCGUUUAAAUAUUCAUUGUCGAAAUGUUUCAUUUGGUUGUAGAGAAGUUUUAUCCUACAGUUCGUUGGAGCAACAUGAAAAUAUGGAAUGUAAAUAUCGUAUUCAACGUUGUUCGAGAUGUGAACAACUAAUACUUUUAUCAGAAGUGGAUAAACAUCCCACUUUUCCAAGACCAUUUCAAUGA